AUGUCUCAUCACCCUGGCACGCAGAGUCGGGCGGCGGGUCCGGUUGCGUACGUGACAGCGUACAACGCAGACCAGAGCGUCAAGGACGUCACGCGACGCUACGUCGCCAAGUGGCUUUCCUUUGAAAAUAAACUGCGAUGCGACAGCGCCUGGUGGCAAGAAGUGCUCGCCCCCUACGCCCCAACCUUCACUGCCCGGGAGAAGGCAGAGAACCUGCAGCUUGAGGAGACCCUCAGGCAACAGCCGCUGCCAAAGACUAUUGCUGAAUACAAAGACCAUCCAAUGUUCGCCCUGCAGCGCCACCUGCUGAAGUUUGAAGCAUUCUACCCUCCUAACCCCGACCCCGUGGGGUACGUUAGAGGUGAGGCCGUGUAUCCCCGUGAGUGCGUGUACACGCUGCACAGCCGCGACAUCUGGAAGAAAGACGGCAAGACGGUUAAAGUUGGUGAAGAGCCUUACAAGAUCGUCAAGGCAAGGCCUAAGUGGGACCGAGCGCUGUGCCAAGUGAUCAAAGACCUGCCGCUGGAGAUCUUUGGUCCGUGGCAAGUAGAGGACUACCAGCCACCCGUAGCCAAGGGAGGGCGGGUGCCACGUAACGAGUACGGCAACGUUGAGCUCUUCAAGAAGACCAUGCUGCCUGUGGGCACCGUGCACCUCGACGCCCGCUACGAAGACCUGAGCCGUGUGGCGCGUAAACUGAAAAUUGACUGCGCGCCAGCGAUGGUCGGCUUUGAUUACCACAAGGGCGGCACCCACCCCGUCUACGACGGCUACGUCGUCUGUCAGGAGUUCAAGGACGUACUCCUGGAUGCCUGGACGGAGGAGAUGCAGCUAAAGGCGAAGCGCGAGGAAGCCAAGCGUCUACGCCGCAUAUACGACAACUGGAAGCGACUCAUUCAAGGAAUUCUCAUAAAGAAUCACGUGCGGGAGAAGUAUGGCCAGGAUUCUGAUCACGAUGAACCUUCUUCAAGCAAAAAUUCGAAAUCAAAAUCAAAUGAAAAAUCUCUGAAGCCUCAAAAGAAGAUGAAGCAGACUGACAAAGUGGCUGUUAAGUCUGAAACUGAAGAAAAAGUUCGUCUUGGAAUUGAUAUGAGUAGUGACACUGUUGCUAUGGCGAAGAUGAGUUUCAAAGCCUCGCUCAGCAGCCGAGGGAUGGUCCUGCAGCCCAAGACGGCCGAGGACGAAGCGCUGGCGGCCAUUGAGGCCAAGCCAGAAGACCUCAUACUUGACAGUGACGAGGAGACCAAGGAAACUGAAGAAGAAAAGAAGGAAAAGUUGCGCAAGAUUUUAGCUUGGAAUUCCUCUAAACUGGGCUCGAUGGCCAACCUCAGCGACGACUCGGACGCAGACGAGAAUGUAGGGGAUGAGCCUGACUGUGGAGCUGAUAAAUUAUCUCGGGGCGAGUCAACGGAGAGCAGCGUCGCUUCAUCCCGGAAGGUGCUGACUUCUGAAUCAAGUGAUGAAAGUGACAGUCGUACCGCGAAAAAAACGCGUGUCUCUAGAACGAGUCAACAGGUUACAAAGAAAAAUCAACACUGCAAAAGACUUUCCUUAGCUGGCCGAAAUGCUUCUAAGUCAAAAGGACGAUCAACGAAAAGCAAGGAGAAUGUCGCUGCUAGUGAUGAAAGUAAUGGAAAGACGCUGGUCCCGACGCAUGAACGCAGACCAAAACGCCAAAGUACCACACGCAAAAACGUUGAUUAUAAAGAGAGCGAAGAAAGUGACAUAUCGCUUGAUGAGAGCGAUGUCGAGGAUAAGACUUACAAGCCAGAAUCUUUGUUUAAACCACGGCAAUCAAAUGUAGCUCUCAGUGAGGAGAGUGACUGAAGGAACUCUGUGAACUGUUUUUUUCUGCACUCGAGUUACGAUGGAAGAGGUAGCGUGGAUACGCUGGUUGAACACAUUGGAACUAUGCUUGAACUAGUAUAAGGUUGGCCCAUGUGAAGCUCAUUUUCGCGGA